AUGACGGCAGAUGUACUGGCACAGCAGCUGGAGGAGGACGGGUUCGUGAUCAUACGACAGCUGGUCAAGGGCGAGGGCCUGAAGACGCUGCAAGAGGCUGCAGCACGGACGGCAGCCAAAGCGCGGGUGGGAGAUUGGCCAUACGUGCGGACAGUCGGCAAGCAAUUUCCACCGUGGGACCGCUGGGAUCGGGCAGCAGCGGACAAAGCAGCCACGGCGGCCAAAGCGGCAGAAGGCAGCCAGGGAGGGGGCAGGGGAAUCUGGGGGGUGCAGCACCUGCUGCGGCCAGAGCUGGGGCCGGACGCGGCGGUGUUUGUGCGCAGCUACUUUGCGGCGGACGGGGUGCUAGACGUGGCCAAGCGGCUGCUGGGGCCGGGCUGCCGUGACGACGAUCUGGUGAUGGAGCUCUACAACAUGCUGGUGCGGCCUGACUACGACGACUUUGCGCUGCGCUGGCACCGCGAUGACAUUCCGCCCGAGGCGACCGCGGCCGAGGAGCUGACCCGUCUGGGCCAGCCGGCCUGGCACGCGCAGUGGAACCUGGCGCUGUGGGACGAUGCCAGCCUCGUCGUCGUGCCGGGGUCACAUCGGCGGGCUCGCACGGCUGCCGAGCGGGCUGCCGACCCCUUUGCCGACCCGCUGCCGGUCGAGGCUGGCAGCAGCAGUGUCGGUCAGCUCGUCGUGCAUCUCGGUCCUGGCGAUGCCGUCUUCUACAACAACAACAUCCUGCACCGUGGCGUCUACCACACGGCUGUCGAGCGGGCUACGCUGCACGGCUCUGUCGGCCACGUCGGCGGCAGCCGCCAGCGCGCCCGCAACGUGCUGCAGCACGGCGUCGGCGACUGGGUCGACCGCUGCGACUUUGGCAGCCUCACCGCUGCCGAGCGCGCCCGCGCCGAGGGCAUGCGCGAUCGGCUGGUGCUCUUGGGCCGCGCCAGCGGCGACGUCGGGUACUCGCAGGAGGAGUGA